AUGGUGAACUGUGCCAUACUUCUGUUUCUAUUUGUAAGUUUGCCUUUUUCUUUGAAGGAAAAUGAAAAUUCCAUCAGAAUUAUUGAUGGUGUUGUGUUUUAUCUUUCUCAGCACUCUUCAUAAAUUUUUGAACUUAGGAAAGCCACCCAAACAUUCUCCUGUUACCAAACUUCACUUUUCCCAUUUUCAGAAUGUUUACAUCGUCUUCGCAGACACCAUCGAUAAUGGAUUGAUAGGUAUUGUCAGCGUUUUUGUUCUUAUUUAUUUCUGACCUGGAAGAUUAAUGUUCCAGUCCUGUUUCAGGCGAACCAUAUGUCCAAUGUGGCAGCGAAAGCCUUUCGAUCCGUUUCAAAACUCAAUCAGCUUUCGAAGGUCAUGCCUACGUUAAAGGACAUUACAAGUAGGUGUCCAUUCACGGGUCUUUGAAGAUAUUUUGGAAUUAAGUGCAAAAAAAUGUCGGACUGAUGCGACCCUCGAGUCGAGUGUGAAUUUGACCGUGCCGUAUACAGAUUGCGACGUCGUCCGGCAAAGAUCGGUGGGACUUUUUUUUCUUCGAUAAAAUUGAAUGCGAAAAGGCUAAGAUCAUUUUCUGAAACUUCUGUAACUUUGCGGAGGUUAAGAUAAAAAUAUUCUGACUACAGGUUGAAAAAUUUCAAAGAAAUAAUCAAGCUGUUCCCUUUUAUAGUAUAUCUUCGGCGAAUAUUUUAUCACGUUUCCCUUUGUACCUUACUAGCGAAACCCCCCGCAAACACAAAAAACCAAAUACACUCGUUUUCAUGAAGUUAUUCGGUUAUUUCCGAGCGGCGGCUCAAAAAAAAAACAACCUUGAAGUUUUACCCUCGUCAAGUCUCUGAAACGCCUUUUUGGAAAAACGGUAAUAAACUCCAACUUUUUACGUGUGCUGUAAGAACUAUAAUAUCCUUUGUUGGCCGCAACGAUUUGUUUGACUAUGCAGAUUUGGCGGUCAAAACCCAUUCCUUUGAAUGUAUAACUUCACGACCACGAGCCGAAACGAUGAUUGAAUUUUCGCCAAAAAUGAAGAUUCCCUUUUUUUCUGGCGUCAACUAAUUAGGCUGACGCGCAUUUCCGCAUCUAACCACUUGAGUUUCUACGGAUACGGCAACAGCAAACUGAGAGUGCGGCAAAAACUAGACCUUUUUUUCAUAAUUCACCCUUACAAGUGAUACUUCUCCAUAUAAUAGCCUUUUUCACCGGUAAGCCGGAGGAACUUUCUCCUCGACCUUUCCCAUGAGGGAAAGUUCAAAAUUUAAAUGUUUUCAGUUAAAAGAGGGCGUUUCUUUCAACGCCUUGGCAUUAAAUAAAGGGCAAUAUGAUUAUGAAUGAAUUUUGGUUUAGUUAAAAGAAUCUUCAGGGACACAAGUUCAGAUUGCAAACCAUUUUUGUUCACUUCUCGGACAUUUGUGUUGAAAAAAACUACGCGUCUUACAAACUACUGAUUUUAAAGCAAUUUUAUUUUGAUUCUCGAGUUUCAAAAACUUCUCGUUCUCCCAAAGUCAAAAAAUCGAGUAACGGAGCCAAAUAUCAAAAUGCCAAUGUCCUUGCCCGUUCCUCUCAUUUCAAUGAAUGUUCCGCCUAGAGGUCAAGUAGGCCCAAAGAGACCACCUUUUUUAUUCGUUCUGACGGCUCCGAUACCGUUGAUUCUGAUCCUAAUUAUUUUUCAGAACAACCCGAGAGGGAUCAUGAUAACUACCACGAUUAUUGUAUCUUUUCAUCCUGUAAGUUCUAAAACAAUCGAAUUCGAAAUAAAAAAACAUUUCCAGAUGUUCAUCACAAAAAUUGAUAAAUCCUAUAAAGUUCAAUGUUUCUAUGCAGAGGUCGCCAAAACGGUUACACAACAACUGGAUGUCAAGUAAGUUAUUUGUAGGGACCGCGGACGAAUUUUCAAAAAAAUUUUUUCAGCAUUGAGCUUUGUAUGGUUUGAUAGCUGUUUCGAUUCAAAAAUCAGAACCGUUUAGUUUUUCGAAAAAGAUUGAGGAUGAAAAAAGUUAUGACGAAAAAUGUGGCGCGCCGCGCACCAAUUUUUAGUACUGGAAUUUUGGUAUUAUCCAUUUUUGACGUUUUUCUCGAUUUUUCUUCUAGAAUAAGUUUUGACACUGGUCUAUUAUGAUGUAACAAAUCGUAAUAGAGUGCUAAAAUGAUAAAAAUUUGCUAGUUUGCCGAAAAAGUCGGUAUUUUCCAGAAAACAAAAAACUGGCGCUUGCGGGCAUCGAACUCGCGACCACAAAAUGAAAAUUCGCAGCGCACGCGCUGCGCUAAGCUGUUGAGUCCAGCAAGGAGAGCUUUCAUCCGCCAUACCCUUGAGCCGUUUGAAUAGCACAGAUUGCCUAUUUCAAAAAAAUAAAAAAAUUUGAAGUAAUUUAGCUACUUUUUAUCAGAAUAUGUUCGCAAAUCUCUACUCAAACUUUCUGUGGAAAUUCACUUCGAAAAAAACUGUUUUUUUAGUGCUUUCUUUGCCUCGUUUAACGAUCGCUGCAUUAAAACGGCCCCGUAAAAUUUUUUUGGCAAAGACGAAUUUUUUUAUUUUAUUCUUUUUAAUUGAAAGAUUUUUUUACUAAUAAAUGCAUAUAAUCGUUUAAAAAAACCUGCGUUCGACCGCUUUCUGUGUGAUAAACGCCGCUAAUUUUAUUCUCUAUUUUUCAAGAGCAUUUUUGGCGUAUUGAACAACUUUUUUUCAAGCACAUAUGCUGUGGAGAAAAAAAUUUAAGUAAGCCCAUGGUCUAAAUUUUGAAAAAAACAAAAAAACUCGAUUAUAUUCGCUUAUUAACGAUAUUUUUGAAUUAUGACUUUCGGCACUCCCUAAAAAUUUUUUUGGCAAAGACGAAUUUUUUUAUUUUUAUUGUUUUAAAAUUACCGUUACUUGAAUUAUAAUUAUUUUAUAAAUAAGGAAAGAGUGCGUUCGACCUGAAAACACAUGAAAAAGCAAAAAAUGACAAAAUUGUUUAGUCCCAUUCACGUUUUUGUACGACAUUCCGCGAGAACGCAUCAAAAAAGCGUGAAAUAUUUUUUAAACGAAAGAGGAAGCUUUUUUGUACAUGUGUGUCGAAUUUCAUUAGCCAGUUCCACAUAUUUUGCAACUACAACAAAAUGAAAGUUGAAAACCAAAAAAAAGCCACUUUUUCUAUCGCGAAAAAGGGCGUGGCUUUGCGGUCCCUAGUUAUUUGUAUAGUUAUCGGCCGCGUUUGGAAUUGCUCAAAGAGUCGUGGUCAAAGAUGCGAGUACCCAAAAAGCGCGAAUCGUUUUAAAUCGGGUGCACCUCGGAGCAACUUGCUCGCAGAUGAGCUAUUCCAUUUGCGACCAGAGCUUUUCAGAACAUUGCAAACAAAAUACAAUUUCUUAUUUUCAGCGUUGCGUCAAAUAUGGAGAAAAGCGUUCUGGUAGUAAUUGGAGACGAAGAACCUCAAUCGAACGCUUCCUCUCUCGCUCAGAAUGACGCAUUUGCUAGAAAGUUGGACUUCAUUUCACUGUUUCAAAAUUAUUAUUAAACAUUCAGUCCUGCUGAGGAGCGCUUCACCUAUAACGUGCCACUUCCAGAGUGCAAAUAUCAGGUAUUCCAUUUCUUAACCUCAAAAAAUGGGUGUUCUUUAAGGUUCUGACGGAUAGUAAAAGUGGGGAGCCGGUCAAGUUUGCAACAGUUGGCCAAACCGUUUACCAUGAAUGGUCUUGUGAGCCUGCAAACAAAACAGGUUGAACCUUUCCAAAAAAAGUAAAUUUAUUUUGGUUGCAUACAGAAAAAUCACCCUUCUGCGCCACCGUACAUUCUUGUAGCGUGAAAGACGAAACUGGCAAGGAAGUUCAACUUUUUGAUGAGAAUGGAUGUGCUGUCGAUAGGUAAUUGUUUAAAAUAGAAGAAGCGGAUAAAAAAAAAAUUUUCCAGGUUUCUCAUCAACAACCUGGAAUAUACGUCAGAGCUCACUGGAGGGCAGUUAUCUCAGGUAAAUUUGCUUCGAUUAAGGUAUCUUUGGUUGUAACUUCUUCAGUAUUUUUAUUGGAAAUAAACGUUUUUUUCAAAUAAUUUUUUUGACGACUUGUGAUCUUGAGACCAGAAUUUCAGUCCAGUCGGAUAACUUGCUUUUUCAAAAAAAUGCUCCAUAAACGUACUUUUUUUAAAUUUUUCAAUUAUUCUAUAUUUACCUAUUUCAAAAAACAUAGCUGGACUUACAGGUAUUCAAGUUCGCCGACCAACCUUCCGUAUUCUUCCAGUGUCAAAUCCGAUUGUCAUUGAAAGAAGAAAAUGGCGUCUGCAAGGUUACUUUUUAUCGCUUUUUUUCUUUUGAUUUGCACCCUGUGUCCAAUGUGUUUGGCUCAAUAUACGCAAUUGGAGCGGCGCUAAUGUUGGAAUGAACUUUGUCCUUGAAACUCACAAGUACGGAGAAUACACCGUUUUCUUGGAAUUGACAUCGGGAAAUGAGGCUAACCGGAAAAAAAGCAUUUAUUUUGGAACUUCAGCAGUAUUGAAAUUGAUCAGAGGCUUUCUGAUUUUCAGAGAUCCUCGGAUAAUUGUCCCGCAACUCUCCGUGGCAAGCGGUCAGUUAAAUCCGAUGAGAACGAAGUCGACGUCCUUUCGCAAAAAAUGACCAUUUUCGAUAUUGACGAGCAAAUUGGUGAGAAAUGUUUUUUUCAAACAAAGCUACGAAAAAUUGACUUUUUUUGCAGACUCUUCACAAGGCCGACGUUGGGAAGGCGGAAAGCCGAUUUCCAGCGACGUCUGCAUAGCUCCCGGUACUGCUAGCGGUCUCAUUGCUCUUUUUGCCUCGAUGCUUCUUGUUUCUCUGAUUUCCGCUUGUCUUAUGUGCUUCAGACAUCAAACUGUCAAUGUUAAACUUGCUUCAUGA